AGGUGCCCCCCCCAGCCCCUCCCACCUCCGUAGGGCACGCAGCCGGGUACACAGAGCUCCCGCAUCCCUUCGGACCCCUCCCUUCGCGACGCGAGAGUCUUCCACCCUAGGACUCGGCCUCAAAGCCUUCUCAGUAGUCGGCCUGGAAGACACCCAGCAGUAGCAACGCGGGCAGCUGCCGGUCGCCGAGCCUCCGCGGCCGCCACGAGGCCCCGCCCAGCGGCAGCCUAGAGCAAGGCCGCGCCGGGGACGACUGCAGAGCACGACCCAAGAGGCCUGGCUAGCAACCACAUCUGCUCCGAAAACCCAGGAGCCUGAGCCGCAAUUGCUCUUUUGAGCCAAGAUUCUGGGCCCGCGGCCUCGGAGUCCAUGCCCCCAACUCCUAUGGCCUCGAUCUCAGAAGUCCUGCUACCAACAACCCCCCUCCCCUGCCCCCAUCGACAGGGACAUAUGGGAGCUAGGGGUCUGGCCCAUCAGUCCCUUACACCGCGAAUCCCAGUGUAAAUGAGCAUUAGGAGACCCAUUUUGCUCUUCCCUCAAAUUCCUUACUUACAGGAAUCCAACCACUGUUCUUUUGGGGACCCAGGAGUCGGGGACCUCAGCCCAGAAACCCCCUAAAGCCUAGGGAUCGGCACACCCUCAACUCUUUCCUAUUUCAGGGACCCAGGAGACACAGACCCUAGCAAACAGACCCCAUUAAAUUGAGAGGCCCAGUCCCCCAACCCACCGCGACCUAGAAGUCCAAAAUUUCGUCCAUCCUGGAAGAGCAGGGCCAGAGCAGAGGAGGAGGGAGGGGCCAGGAAGGGAGAGGGAGAACGGAUUGAGGUGAGACUGGGGUGGGGACCUGAGCUGGGGGGCUCUGUCCUAAACAAAGUCUAAACAGACGGGUUGCCAUGGCAACGGCCUUCCCCGGGCCUGCUCUGGAGACCUCCAGUGCUGUGUCGAGGAGGGCACCCCCAGGAGCAUCCACUCCGCCAGCUGUUGUGUCUUCCUGUUUUGUCACCACGGAAACGGUGACCUCAGCCCUCCACCCCUACUGCUGGCGGGGCGGGAGAGCUGCUGUGUAUUUAUCUCUGGGGAUGUGGUCUUAUCUUGGCCCCGCCCUCGGGGCGGGACUGGGAUAGCCCUGGCAGAGGGUGUCCCUUACUCGGCUCCAGCCCAGAGCUCCGGCCCCUCCCCCAGCCCUGCCCGCGCUCACUCCCCGGCCCUCCAACCGCACCCAGACCGCAGACCCUCCUAGUCUGCAGCUGUCGCUUCUGCACCAGCCGCAGCCGCCACAGGCCCGUAAGCCUUUUCCAGGUGUCUGACUUAAUCCGCCUCCAGAGCCGGAUCUUUCUCUGGUGGGAUCUUCAGCAAAGACCGCUGCCAUGCCGGUGACGGUGACCCGCACCACCAUCACGACCACGUCGUCGUCCUCGGGCCUGGGCUUCCCGACCACCGUGGGGUCCCCUCGGGCACUGACCCAGCCCCUGGGCCUCCUCCGCCUGCUGCAGCUGAUCUCCACCUGUGUGGCCUUCUCGCUGGUGGCCAGUGUGGGCGCUUGGACGGGCGCCAUGGGUAACUGGUCCAUGUUUACCUGGUGCUUCUGCUUCGCCGUGACCCUGAUCAUCCUCAUCGUUGAGUUAGGCGGGCUCCAGGCCCGCUUCCCCCUGUCCUGGCGCAACUUUCCCAUCACCUACGCCUGCUACGCCGCCCUCUUCUGCCUCUCGGCCUCCAUCAUCUACCCUACCACGUACGUCCAGUUCUUGUCUCACGGCCGCUCCCGGGACCACGCCAUUGCCGCCACCACCUUCUCCUGCAUCGCUUGCGUGGCUUAUGCCACCGAAGUGGCCUGGACCCGGGCACGGCCCGGCGAGAUCACUGGCUACAUGGCCACCGUGCCAGGCCUGCUCAAGGUGCUGGAGACCUUCGUGGCCUGCGUCAUCUUCGCCUUCAUCAGCAACCCCUACCUGUACCAGCACCAGCCGGCCCUAGAGUGGUGCGUGGCCGUGUACUCCAUCUGCUUCAUCCUGGCGGCCGUGGCCAUCCUGCUGAACCUGGGCGACUGCACCAACAUGCUGCCCGUCCCCUUCCCCAGUUUCCUGUCCGGGCUGGCCCUGCUCUCCGUCCUCUUCUACGCCACGGCUCUGGUCCUCUGGCCGCUCUACCAGUUCGACGAGAAGUACCACGGCCAGCCCCGGCGGUCCAUGGAUGGGAGCUGCAGCAGCAGCCACGCCUACUACGUGUGCUCCUGGGACCGCCGACUGGCUGUGGCCAUCUUGACAGCCAUUAACCUGCUGGCUUACGUGGCCGACCUGGUGUACUCGGCCCGCCUGGUUUUUGUCAGGGUCUGAGGCUCUGCCCUGGAGGGGCUACCGAUUCCCUCUUCUCAGUGGAGGUUCUUUACCAAGUUCUGAGGCCGUCUGAGGUCCUCUUCCCGGCUCCCCUCUCUCCUGCGUUUCUCAUACCCUUCCCAGCUCACCCUCCUCUCUUUUCUGUUUCUUUCACUCCUUCUGCUCUGUCUCCCUUUUGUUCUGUUUGGUUACAACAUCCUGUUUGGCUUCCUUCUCUUUCUGCUCUCUUCUUUUCUACACGUUCUGCUUUGGGGCUCUUUUCUGGUCGUCCUGUUUGUUUUCUCAACUGCCUGUUGUCUGACCAGCUCUUCCCACUUUCCUUCUGAUCGAUCAGGAGCCCUGAGACUUCGUCCUUCUCUGCCCCACAGCCCACUCCCACCUCCAAAGGUGCUGAGCCCCACAUCACACACCCCUUUUGCAGCUGUUCAUACCCUGGGCCUCCAGAGGGGCCUCAUUGCCAAAGCAUGCCUGCCCACCCUGGCUGUGCCUUAGUUGGUGUGUAUGUGUGUGUGUCUGGGGGGUGGGGGUGGGUAGCUAGGGAUCGGGCCCCCUUUCUCCCAGUGGAGGCGGGGUGUACAGUGUACCUCCCCUUUAAGUUAAAAGAAAGAAAAAAACUCUGGAGGUCAAUAAUUUCCAGUGGGCGGGAGGCUUAAAGCAUAGACCCUCGGUCCCUAGAUCCCGCCUGGCGCUCAGCCUCGCCUGAGAUCGGCUCCAGAAUUUUUGCCAGGCUUACUAAAAACCCACUGCCUAGAGGCCAUCUUAAAGGAAGCAAGGGGUGUAUGACUUCCAUCCCAACUACUCCCUGGGGUAUCAAAACACUGGCAAAAAAACUGCAUUGUCUUGAAGACAACUGUCUGAAGCAUUUGUAAGGGCCAGUGAUGUGGCCCUCCAGCCUCAGUGUCAAAAACUGCAUCUCCUGCCUUUGCAGGGAGGAGAAGAAAAUGGCCACUGCCAGCCUUAAAGGUGAUGUUAGCCUGUUGUUUUUUUUUCUGGUCACGAGAGCAACAAUCACUGGGUGGCCCUUUUCUUAAAAGGGAAGUUUCUUUUGAAAACAAUUUUGGGGGGGGGGUGGGUUGGGGGGUGGGAAUUGCUACUGUGCCAUAGUCAAAGGAAUUGCAUUGCUUGAGUGUGUGGUGUACACACACGUGUGGUUGUGCGUGCUAGUUGCUUUCUGCUGCUGCUGCUUCCUGCUUCUCUGGGACUCACAUGCGUAACAUGAUCUAUAUAAAUGUAUAAAUAUCUAUUUUAUUUUUUUUAAAUUCCCUGGAGCUUCUGGUUCCCAUCAGCCCCUGCUGUCAGUCAUAGAGAGAAGCCUUGUCCCUUCUCCCACAUCCAUUAUGUUCUUUUUUUUAAAACCCCAAUAUAAAGAUAAAAGAAUGA